ACGACGACGACCCUCGCGAUCACACGACCACGACCACGGCCACCACACAUCCCACAUCUCACCAGCCAUCACCAUUCCCCAUCACCAAACCAGCUAGCCACCAAGCACAUCGAACCAAAACACACCUUUCAAACACAACACCACACCACCACAACAACAACAACAACAACAACAACAACAACAACAACAACAAAAAUGGCAACCCACAUCCCCCCCACCCUCUCCCCCGACGCCAUCGACACCCUAACCGAGUUAACCACCAUCCUCACCAAAUUCCGCGCCGCCGCCGCCUCCACCCGCCAGGCCGCCGCCGCCUCUUCCUCCUCCGGUCCCAACCCCUCCUCCAACAACGGCCCCAACUCCAACAACCCCGGUGGCAUCGGCACCCCCGCCCCCGGCGCAGUAACAGGCACCACCCCGCUCCCCAUCCCUAGUACUUCCAACCCAAACUCGACAGCAGCUUCAACGUCAUUCACGGCCAAAGACCUCCCCCAAGCAACGGAUAACCUCAAGCACAAACUCCAACGGGCGCGCCAGGCGGUUCUGACGCUGCCGGAUAUUGGAAGGACGAUUGCGCAGCAGGAGGUGGAGAUCAAGGAGCUGGAGGAGAGGAAGAGGAAGCAGAUUGCGAUGUUGGCGAGGAUAAGGGAGGAGGGACUGCAGUUUGCAAGGCUGGAGCAGAGUCGGAGGGAUGAGGAGGGGGAGAGGAUGGUUGAGUAGAUGGGAGCUGAGGAUUUUGGUCGAUGCCGGAAGUUGGGUCUGGGGAGUCAGUCGACGCUCAGCUCCGGCUAAUCUGCCGUAUAGGCCUAUCUGUGCCUUACCACUUUUAACGGCUGGGGUAAUCACAGACAUCGGCGGGACGGUGCUCAUGGGUUCUUCUGUUGGGGUGCUAGGAUGCCUACGUUGAACAUCGACAUGCCCAUUGUUACAAGUACUGUUCAUCCACCAACGCCGGCAACAUCAUGAUGAUUCUCGACAUUACUCUACACUACACUGCAACACUACACGCUACAACUCG